CUUGCCUUCACACACCGUCUCUGACAGAUUAAUGGCCCAAGAAGGAUGAGGCUCCAUAAAGCCUAAACUUCCAUCGUAAAUGCUUCCAUGCCAAUGAAGGCUCCCGUUGGUUUUGUUAGUUUUCAGCCGCGGCUGGUCCCAACGCCCGGCAUGACCGAGGCUCUGGAAGUCAUUGCCCUCAUUUCUGGCGGCAAAGACAGCUUUUUCUCGCUUCUACACUGCAUACAGAAUGGGCACAAAGUCGUAGCCUUGGGGAAUCUUUACCCCGCGGCUGAGAAUCCAAGACCCGAUACUGAGCGCGGCUCCAAUCACGCGCCGCAGAACGAGGAUGACGAGCAUGAUCUCAAUAGCUUCAUGUAUCAGACUGUCGGUCACAUGGUAGUCCCACUGUACCAACAGGCUCUCGGGAUACCGUUGUAUCGUCAGCCAAUCGUGGGGACCGCGAUACAGACUGGGACGAGUUACGGUCACUCCGGUGUUCGUUUGAUGGAGCUCUCUCCUUCAAACUUGGGAUCCGCAGGGGAGAGUCAGCCUUCGAAGAGUGGGGCGGAGGAUGAGACCGAAUCGCUGGUACCUUUGUUGAGGAGGAUCAUGGCAGAUCAUCCGUCAGCGAACGCUCUCAGCACUGGUGCCAUUCUCUCGACAUAUCAACGGACACGCAUUGAGUCGGUAGCAAUACGGCUCGGUCUCAUACCCUUGGCUUACCUAUGGAAAUACCCAAUCCUUCCACCAGGAACCCAGUCCUCGCUUCUCGAAGAUAUGCAGACAGUCGGUCUGGACGCAAGGAUUGUGAAAGUUGCCAGUGGUGGGCUUGAUGAGAGCUUUCUUUGGGGAAAUGUUGCCAAUCAGCAAGUCAUGCGGCGCAUAGAAAGAUCCACGAAGAGGUUUGGAACGUAUGGUGAUGGGGCUGUGCUUGGUGAGGGCGGGGAAUUCGAGACUUUGGUUGUGGAUGGGCCUGCCAGCUUGUUCAAAGGCAGGAUUGAGGUUCAAGAGAGAAGCAAGAGGGUAGUGAGAGAAGGUGGUGGAUCUUCCUGGCUCCAUAUUAGCGACGCAAAGGUGGUUGCGAAAGACUUGGUCGAAGAUGUGAAGACAGGAUGUCGAAUCCCGGACCUACUCGAACCCAGGUUCAACAACAUCUUCAAUGCUCUCAUUACGGAACCCGAGGAUAUAACAAUUCCCACAUUGGAUAGCCUCAGAGCUCCACUGCCAGAAAGAAACAAUAUGCAAGAACCCGUUUUGUCACCUCGUUCAUCAAGACAAGAUAAUUUACUUCGUUGGACUGUUACCGCGAGUGGAAACCCAACCAAGCGUUCAAUCACUGACGAGGUGGGAAGACUGAUCGAGGAACUAAGACAACGUCUACAAGAAGCGUCUUCAGAUCCCACCAACAUCAUCUCAACCAUCGUCAUCUUAAGAUCAAUGCAAGAUUUUGCCUCCGUAAACAAGGUCUACGGCGCCCUCUUCACAGAACCAAAUCCUCCAGCAAGAGUCACAAUAGCAUGCGGCUCUCUCAUGCCCAAAGACGUAAAUAUAACCAUUCACCUGAAACUCCACAAACCCUCCCCUUCCUCACCAGAUAGAAAGGCACUACACGUGCAAUCCCGAUCCUACUGGGCGCCUGCCAACAUUGGGCCAUAUUCACAGGCAAUCUCUAUCCCGCUCCCCUCAUCUUCUGGCGAGGACCAUCCCGUCUGGGCAGUCUCCGUUGCAGGACAGAUACCACUCAUCCCUCACACUAUGAGCUUACCGGCCCGCGACGGCAGCACCGAGAUUCCAAGCACUAGUGUAUUUGAUGCGAGGAAUUUCAAGUUACAGACUGUGUUGUCGUUGCAGCAUCUCUGGCGGAUAGGACAAGAGAUGAACGUCCAGUGGUGGACGAGCGCCGUUGCGUAUCUCCCGUCCUCCUCUCUCGAGGUUGUGGCAGAGAAAGCUGCGAUUGUAAGCCGUGCUUGGGCAUUGGUACAUGAGAGAGAGCUCAAGGGUGAUGAGUCUGAAGAGGAGGAAGCAAGGGAUCUGUGGGAGGAGAAGUAUUAUGCGGGGAUGGAGGUUAGGGGUCAAGGGAAGGUGGAGAAAAUGUUACCUGAUUGGGAGGUUGUGGAGUUUGGUGGCGGGGAGGGGGGCAUGGUUCCUCCAUUUUGGGUGGCGGAGGUAGAGGAGUUGCCGAGAGGGAGUGAGGUUGAGUGGCAUGCUCAGCUUGGGGUUGCGGGUGGGUCUGUGAAACUUUACUCUGGUCGUGGCGAGGAUGGCUAUUCUAUCCACCAGUGCUCGUUUGGUGGUACUGCGCAGUCUGUUGUUAUGCUAGAUUAUUCGGAAGAUGUUGCUGCGCUCAGGGGGAGACUCGACGAAGCACUCAAAGUUCUCGGUGCAGAUUUGGAAGUUGGGGAUUGUAAACAAACUUCCUAUCUUGAUGUUUCUAUCCAAGGGAUGUGGGACGCGGGAAAAUUUGGUGGUAAGACACCAUGCAGAAGUAUCUGGAGUGCCUCUGGGAAGAGACUUGCUGUGGCUUUGAUACUAGACGCAUCUUAGACUUCCCAUCAGAACACAAAGCUAUUGUUACUUUCCCUUCAACAUGUAAGUGACUAAAGUCAGGAAUAGGUUUUUUGAACCUCGAGAGUAUCAAGGGUGAUCACAGCAUGUGUGAUACUUCUCAACCCUACUUCGAUACGGAAUUUUUAGGUCAUCUGGCGGGAAAUUGCCUCCUCGAGAUAUGUUGCGAC